UGGGAAGUGCAGUUAGAGUCAGUUGAGAGGGAGAAUAUGGAGAGAAACUCUUCAGUUGUCAGUAGUCUUAGUAUUUCAUUAUUAGUAUCAAGUUGUUGGAAUUAUUGGUUAUUUUCAACAUGUUUACAUUUAAUCCUAGACAGCUGUCAAAACCCAUCAGAGGGAAGUUCAUGUAGACAUUUUUCUUCAGAACUGACAACUGUCUUUGCCUCUUCCAUGUAUGUGAAGUAAAAUGUCUGAAUCGUAGGGCUGAGUUGACAGUAAACUUUCAGUGGAACAGGAUAUAUGGCCGACCUUGGAAAGGGAAUGAUUGUAAUAUACUGCACCACUGCUCUCUUCCUUUGUUACUACUAUUUCCGAGAUAGCACAGGUCAAAAAAUAAGAUUUUACCAGUUUCUGACUGAGAGGGACUUUUUCUUCUUUUACUAGCCUUCUGUGAAGGAAUGAGGCCUGAAGCUCCUCUUUUUGUAUAUACGACUCCUGUACUGCAAUUGCUUUGCUUAUUCCCUAUGUUAAAAAGCUAUGCAAGGGUCAAAGGUUCACAGCUCCUGUUCUACAGUUUGGUUUUGGAGGGAGAAGAAUUGUACUGGUUUAAAGAAGAGAGGGAAGAGAGGGUUUGAUUCAGUGUGUGUGUGUGUGUGUGUGUGUGUGUGUGUUUUAAAUGAAGGGAACUUGAGUUGUGUUGAUUGGUUUGUCUAAAUUUGGAGGGGAAGGGGGAUAUAAGGAGUCUGCCUUCAGCAGAGGAGUGCAGUAUAAGUUGGAGAGCUGAAGAGAGUUCAAGUGAAGGGGUUGCUGUCACAGUCUGAGUGUGAAUCAGGGCUGGUGCUGGAAAGAGAGCUGAGAAAUCAUUGAGAGAGUUGUGACUCUCUGGAGGAUUUAAGUACUCCUAAAGCAGCAGCUGAAGAAACAGUCUAGGGCUGAACCCUAGGAAGGGGAAGGAAGAAGAGCAGGACCUGAGACUGAGCAAGGGACCAGCCAGGCUUGCUGCAGAAGCUGAUUAGGAGUGACUGCAAGAGGACUCUUGCGGAGGACUCUGAGUCAGGAGGACUCACUAUUAGUGCAGGAUAGAUUGGAUGUGUUUACUCAUAUUUUAUUUCUUCCUUGUACUCACUUGGUUGCUGUCUUGCACAAGAACUAUUGUUCUGAAGUGAAAUAUUUCAAAGUAAAGUUUUCUUGUUUUGAAGUUAAAAAUUUGUAGGUGUUGUCUGUUUCCUCACUCCAUGCUUAGAAGCCUUUCCACUCCUACCUAAGAGGUUUGGAAGGCUGUUUUAGUAGGCCCAGCCAGUGGUGGUGGUGGGGAAUUUUAGUAUCACAGGGCUGGUUGAGACUGGGCUGUGACAUGUGGUAGCAGCAUGGUGGGAUCCAUGACAUCUUCUUUUGGGGUCUAACAGCUAACAUGCAGAAAUGUAGCCAGUAAGGUUUUCCACACUAUCUCCAUCCAGGUGGGAGGAAAAGGAACACGAAGUCGCGUUUGGAGUUAGGAUCCGACACUGAUAGCAAAGCUCAUCAGAUGAAUUUACAAAUCCUCAACGAGGAUUCGUUGUUUAUGCCGCAGUAAAUUCCACACUAGGACUUGCUUAUUCCCCUGGGAGUGUUCAUAGGGUUGUUGCAAUCCUUGAUACAUAAAAGAAACUUAGGGGCUGAUGGCUGCAGAGGAUGGAGAUUCUGGUACCUUGAAACGCAAUGUGUUGCACUUGCUGCUCCAGCACCCCCAGGGGGUCAGAUUUAGUGACUUUUCUGGGGCCUUCUACCAAUUCCAUGGUUACCACCCCAAACUUGCUCUUCAUGGGUACCGCUCACUCAAGAAUUUGGUCUCUGACAUGAAGGACUUUGUGAUUCUGGAAAACAAUUCUCUGGAACCGGUCAUCAAGAUAGCAAAUGGCUCCUAUCUCUACCACUGGCUGGAAGGAGGAGAAGAGAACGGACUGGACAGCUCUGAAGGGGAAACUCAGAGCUUGACAGAUGAAGAACAAGCAGGAGAAGAAGCAGAUCUAUCAGUUGCCUUGGUGCCUAUUCAGGAUGUCCUUCAGCAUCAUCCUCAGGGUUUGAAAUUGAAGAAGCUAAAAGAGGUCCUGAAAGAGAAGCACCAAUUUGACUUGGAGAGAUUUUGCAGUGACCUGGGCUACAAGGAUACGGUGUCCUGCCUGCAGGACAUUCCUGAUCUCCUUCUCCUGAACAGCAGUAGGACCAAGAAUUGUGUUGUCCUGCUUCAGUCAGGUCCAUCUAGCCCUGCUCCCUCCCUGGACACAGAUUUCUCUGCAAACAACUCAAACACCACAGCCCAGGAGCUCAUGGGAAAUAAGUCUGGUACCUCCAGCCCUACACCUUCUCUUGACACAGAUUUCUUUGCUUGCAACUCGCAUGCCGUUCCCCAGAGGCUUGUGGAAAAGAAGUCUGACUUGGCUGCUGCCUUAGUACCAAUCCUGGCUGUCCUGGAAGGCCAACCCCUUGGUUUGAAUCUACAAGAAUUGAAAGAGAACCUGGGGAAGCAUGGAUUCGACUUGGAGACUUUCAGCCAAAACUUGGGCUAUAAAGAUAUGGUAUGCUGCCUGAUGGACAUGCCAGGCCUCCAUUUUUCUUUUAAAAAUGGCAAGUGGCCUUACAACUGUGUGAUCCAGCUUCUUUCCUGUAGUUCUGUCCUCCCUCCAUGGCUGCUCAAUGCUGGUCCCUCUUUGGAUAAACCUUCAUCUUCCAGGGCAUCAAAUAUUCUCCCCCAGGAGUUGAUGGAAACAAAACCAGGUCUUCCAGCUUCCCACAGCUCCACAUCAUCCCAGAUCAGAGCUUCUGUGUCCUUAGACUCGAAGUGCUCUGCCAGGAAAUCUAAAGCCUCAAACAAGAAGCCUGCAUUGUCAGAAGUCUUGGAAUUACUCACCAACCUCAUUGGUGCAUACCAGUCAGGCCUGAAGGUAAAGAAAGUGCAGGAACUCCUUCUGGCCAAGGAUGGAGUGGAUUUGGAAAAGUUCAGCAUUGCCCAAGGCCACAAGGACUCACUGGCCUUCUUGGAACACCAGAUGCCUGAGCUAAACAUCAAAAACCACGAGGACAGACUCAACUGUGUUGUUAAACAUGGAUCAGGUCCUGGGAAUAACUCAGUCCCUCCCUUGUCUGAUGCCUCUGUACCCCGCAUACAGACAAAAAGAGUUGAGCCAUCAGUCUCUCUUCCAGCAGUGUCGGAGGUCCUGGCAUUACUCACCAACCUCAUUGGUGCUUACCAGACAGGCUUGAAGGUGAAGAAAGUGCAGGAACUCCUUCUGGCCAAGGAUGGAGUAGAUUUGGAGAAGUUCAGCACUGCCCAAGGCCACCAAGACUCACUGGCUUUCUUGGAACACCAAAUGCCUGAGCUAAACAUAAGAUACCAAGAGCACAGGCCCAACUGUGUUGUUCAGCUUGGAUCAGGUCCUGAGAUUAACUCUGUCCCUCCCUUGCCUAAUGCCCGUAUACCUUCCAUAUGGACAAACAUAAAAGCUGAGCCAGAAACCUCUGUACCAGCACUGUCAAAAGUCUUGGCAUUACUCACCAACCUCAUUGGUGCAUAUCAGCUAGGCUUGAAGGUGAAGAAAGUGCAGGAACUCCUUCUUGCCAAGGAUGGAGUGGAUUUGGAGAAGUUCAGCAUUGCCCAAGGCCACCAAGACUCGCUGGCUUUUCUGGAACACCAAAUGCCUGAGCUAAACAUCAGAUACCAAGAGAACAGGCUUAACUGUGUUGUUCAGCUUGGAUCAGGUCCUGGGAUUAACUUUGUCCCUCCCCUGCCUAAUGCCCGUAUACCUUCCGUAUGGACAAACAUAAAAGCUGAGCCAGCAACUUCUGUACCAGUAGUGUCGGAGGUCUUGGCAUUACUCACCAACCUCAUUGGUGCAUACCAGUCAGGCUUGAAGGUGAAGAAAGUGCAGGAACUCCUUCUGGCCAGGGAUGGAGUGGAUCUGGAGAAGUUCAGCAUUGCCCAAGGCCACCAAGACUCGCUGGCCUUCUUGGAACACCAAAUGCCUGAGCUAAACAUCAGAUAUCAAGAGGACAGGCUCAACUGUGUUGUUCAGCUUGGACCAGCACUGUCAGAAGUCUUGGCAUUACUCACUGACCUUGUUGCCAAGUACAGAUUUGGCUUGAAGGUGAAGAAAGUGCAGGAACUCCUUCUGGCCAAGGAUGGAGUGGAUUUGGAAAGGUUCAGCAUUGCCCAAGGCCACCAAGACUUGCUGGCUUUCUUGGAACACCAAAUGCCUGAGCUAAACAUCAGAUACCAAGAGGACAGGCUCAACUGUGUUGUUCAGCUUGCACCAGCACUGUCAGAAGUCUUGGCAUUACUCACCAACCUCAUUGGUGCAUACCAGUCAGGCUUGAAGGUGAAGAAAGUGCAGGAACUCCUUCUGGCCAAGGAUGGAGUGGAUUUGGAAAGGCUCAGCAUUGCCCAAGGCCACCAAGACUCGCUGGCUUUCUUGGAACACCAAAUGCCUGAGCUAAACAUCAGAUACCAGGAGGAGAGGCACAACUGUGUUGUCCAACUUGGAUCAGGUCCUGGGGUUAAUUCUGGCUCUUCCUUGGUUGAUGUUGCUGUCCCCAUCAUACAGAUGACAAGAGUAGCUGAGCCACAGCUGAGCCACAGAAACAAUGUACCAGCAAGCAAAGCUUGGACCAAGAGCCUUCCUGUACCAUCCACCACAAUUCCAAACUGUCCUUCCUCUUGGGAGCUCUCAGGAACCUCAGGCAAGACUAAGAAUUCCUCCCCUCUUCAUUCUGAUGUUUCAUCACAGCUGGCAAGUGUAUGUCAGUUUGGUGGAUCACCACCAGCCAAAGAGAUAAAUUAUAUGUUUAAAGCCCAGCUGCCAAGCAGUUCCAACCUGACUGAUCCUCAUUCCUUGAAGGAUCUGGAUGAAUUGAAGCAGAAGGUGGCCCACAUCUUGGGAAUGCACCCUGAGGGUAUGUCACUAUUCCAGUUCCGUGCUGCCUACAAUGCUACCUAUCAAGAACACUUGCCACUAGGAAAUGCUUCCUCUGCUAAGCAUCGUCUGCUGGAAAUGCCAGACGUUGUCUGUCUGAAGGGAUAUGGUGUCCAAACUUUGCUGCAGCUAGUAUCCACCAAAGAAACACCUGUGAAAUCUGCUCAGCGGAUCUCUUCCAGAGUGGAAAAUGCUGCCGUGGUUCCUGGUCACUCUGCGCCAGUGGCUGAGUCUGUGGUGGUUUUCCAGCCUUCUGUUCCCAAGGCUCCAGAGAUGCCUCAGCCCAGGCUUGUUAACCCCUUGGCUUCAGUUGAGCCAGACAAGGAGAGCUGUGCAUUCCCUGAAGGUUGGCCGCUUGGAGCAUCAAAACCCGUAGCUCUUUUGCAAGAGCACAGGAAGACUGGAACAAAUUUGGGAGAUCUUUCGGGUCUGUCUGACUUUUCUAAAGUGCAAGAAAAUACAUUGGUUCCUGGCCGCCAUUUGUCUAAAGCUGAUCCUGUAGUGGUUCCCACAUCAUGCCUUAAGACAUCUCUUCCGAAGGCUGCAGUGGCACCUGAGCCUCAACACCGUUCCUCUGUGCUCCUGUAUUCAGAAUGCCUUAAAGGACCAAGCAAGAAGGAGAGCCAUCCUUUGCCUGAGUCAUCGUCCCAGAGAGCACCCCAAACAGUUGCCCCAGUGCAAAGACAGGUGACGACUGGAGUCCAGCCAAGAGAGACUCCUUUAACACCUUCCUCCCCGGUGGUUUUCUCUUCAGAUUCCCGAGCCACAAGAUGGGGUGAGAAUUUUGUCUCCAAGCCCACACAUUUGGCUAACCCUUGGGUCUCUAGCAAUAGCACUGCAGCACCUUCCUUCUCUCAGCCUGGACCUGCCAAUUUUACAGCAUGGGGGCAGCCAGUUGUGUAUCCUCCUAUCACAUUUCUUUCUCAUUCUCUGGAGUAUCCUCCUCUCUCCUUACUGCCAUUCCCACCAGUUUCCAUAAAAGCUCCUAGGAUUCAGCCCCACCAGUUGGAAUCUCGAAGCUCACACCUGAUAAAAGCUGUGCCUGAGAUGAGACCAGCUCAGCCAGUGUCGCCCAUCCGAAAUAUAGAACAGAGGAGCCACGUGCCCAUAGCCACAGGACUAAGUUCCUUUUCUCAGGCACAGAUACCUUCCAGAAUUCAGCGACGUCCCUACAUCCCAGUCUCUUUGCCUUCCCAAGAUUCAUCCAGCAUCCAACCAUCCAAAUCCCAAACCAUUCACAAACAAGAAUAUUAUCACCAUCCAUGGUUGGAUGGUCCACAGUGCAAUUCUGUUCCUACAGUGGAUAAUAGCAUCACAGCCAUGCCUUCAGCCACAGCACCCACUAAUCCUCCAGCAUCCAUGCCACAAAGGCAAUAUGUGAGGGUGAACUCUGUGGUAACCUCCCCAAGCACACCAUCAUCCAGCUCACAGCCAGCUCCCACAUCCUGGCAGCCCUCUUCUGCUUCCAGUAGUACUAGCACUAAAGCCAAUCCUCAGGCUUUCCAACAUCAGCAACAAAACAGUGUGAGCCCUACCGUAACCUCGCCCAUACGACCAGCCAGAUCAGUGACCCAUCUGCACUUCCCCACUGAGGUAUCCAACCAGCCUAAUGCUUCUUAUAGUGCCAGUAUGGAUUAUGGUGCUCCCAACCAAACAAAGCCUCCACUGCCCAUUUCCAAGGAAGCUGGAAAACAGGACAAUCAUAAUCACCAAUUGCCCGGUAACCAGAAUCUAACUUUCACCCAAGGUUCUACAAACCCUUUUCAUUCCCCUCCUCUCCAGAACAGGCCUUCUCCCAAAAGCCAUGAUAAAUGUGUUAUCCUGUAGUAGCAAGCAUCCAGGAAGGACUCUGUGAGGAUCUUUUCACCUGGAGUGGUCUGUGAUGUGCUGACUGAGCAAAUCCAGAACUUAAAUCCAAAUAGAUAUCCUCCGCUCUGCCAACUUUGAUCCCCCACCCAUGCCAGUUUCAGGGAAUCUUGGUUUGUGCCUGGAUGUUGCCACUGUGUUAGCCCCACCCCCCAACCCCGUUCCAUGGUGCACUUUGGUCUCCUAGGACUGCUUCCCACAGUGAAGUAUGAAACUGGAAUGCAGGAAGAAUCCAUGUGGACAAACAGGCCUUAAACUCAAAGCUGAUGAUAAAUGCAGGCCAAAGUAGACUUUGUUUAUGAGCCAGGAAUUAUAGGAAGGCCACUGUGUCGUUCCAGUGCUAAACUAGAGUGGUCUAGUGGUGAGAGUGUCUGACUAGGAUAGAAGAGACGCAGGUUCAAACCCCCACUUACCCAUGAAAUUCAGUGGGUGACCUGGAGCCUCUCAACCUCUUUCUGAGUUUAAUCUACCUCAUAGGGUUGGUGUCAGGAUAAAAUGUGGGGGGUGGGGACCCGUUUACACCACCCUGAAUGCCUGGAAGGAAGGAAUAGAAACAUAAUAAUCGGCAAAAAAUCCUGUCUUGAAAGGAAGCUAAAUUCUGUGACCCAUAUGCAUGGGUCUUUGCAUAAUAGUUGUUUCAUUAGUUAUGGGGAGGGGAAUUAUGUAGCACAUCCCACACAGCGUUCAUUUUGAGAUGUUUCAAGACUACCUUUGUAGGCCUUGAGGCUAGAAACACUCUAUGAACUAGGCAAAGAGGCAUCUUUCUAAAUGGGGAUUCUCUUACAUUUGAUCCUGUUUAACCCCAGGGCAGUAUUAGGCUUUUAGUGAAGUUUGGAUCUAGUUUGCAAGGCAUGUAGCUAACUCAGUUUCACAUGUUGCAAAGCCAUCAAAAUGCUGUUUUGUGUUUGUAUUGAGUACUAUAUAUUAUUGCAGCAAUUACAUCUUUUUCAAAUACUUUCUAUAGAUUUUUAUGAUUAUGUGAGUAAUUUCUUUGGUAAACUCAGGGAUCAAUUGUUUCUAUUUUCUCUCUCUGUUUAAAUUAUUGUGUUAAGAACAUAAGAACAGCCCUGCUGGAUCAGGCCCAAGGCCCAUCUAGUCUCUGAGAAGCCCACAGGGAAGUGGUGAGGGCAUGCCCUCCCUCCUGCUGUUAUGCCCCUGCAACUGGUACUCAGAGACAUCUUGCCCUUGAGGCUGGAGGUGGCCUAAAGCCCUCCAGCUAGUAGCCAUUGAUAGACCUCGCCUCCAUAAAGUUAUCCAAACCCCUCUUAAAGCCUUCCAGGUUGUUGGCUGUCACCACAUCUUGUGGCAGAGAAUUCCACAAGCUGAUGAUGCAUUGUAUGAAAAAGUUCCGUUUGUUGAUCCUAAAUUUCCUGGUGAUCAAUUUCAUUGGAUGACCCCUGGUUCUGGUGUUAUGUGAGAAGGAGAAGAAUUUCUCUCUAUCCACUUUCUCCACACCAAGCAUGAUUUUAUAGACCUCCUUCAUGUCUCCCCACAGUCUUUUUUUCUAAACUAAAAAGCCCCAGGUGUUGUAGCCUUGCCUCAUAAUGAAGGUGCUCUAGGCCCCUGAUCAUCUUGUUUGCUCUCUUCUGCACCUUUUCCAGCUCUACAAUGUCCUUUUUUACAUGUAGUGACCAGAAUUGUACGCAGUACUCCAGAUGUGGCUGCACCAUAGUUUCGUAUAAGGGCAUUAUAGUAUUAGCAGUUUUAUUUUCAAUCCCCUUCCUAAUGAUCGCUAGCAUGGGAUUGGCCUUUUUAACAGCUGCCACACAUUGAGUCAACAUUUUCAAUGAGCUGUCCACCAUGACCCCAGGAUCCCUCUCCUGGUCAGUCACUGACAGCUCAGCACUGCAUCAUUUUACACUUGCCAACAUUGAAGCGCAUUUGCCAUUUUGUUGCCCACUCCCCUAGUUUGGAGAGAUCCUUUUGGAGUUCCUCACAAUCUAUUUUGGAUUUCACUACCCGAAAGAAUUUGGUAUCAUCUGCAAAUUUGGCCACCUCACUGCUUACCCCUACUUCUAGAUUAUUUAUGAAUAAAUUAAAAAGCACGGGUCCUAGUACAGAUCCCUAGGGCACCCCACAUCUUACUUCCCUCCGUUAUGAAAACUCUCCAUUUAUACCUACCCUCUGUUUCCUGUUUUUUCCAACCAGUUAGCAAUCCAUACAUGUACUUGUCCUCUUAUCCCAUGACUGCUAAGUUUUCUCAGAAGUCUUUGAUGAGGAACUUUGUCAAAAGCUUUUUGGAAGUCCAGGUAUACUAUGUCAACUGGAUCACCUUGAUCCACACACUUCUUGACACUCUCAAAGAACUCCAAAAUGUUGGUGAGGCAAGAUUUAUCUUUGCAGAAGCCAUGCUGGUUCUCUCCCAGCAGGGCCUGUUCUUCUAUGUGCUUUACAAUUUUAUCCUUGAGGAUACUUUCCAUCAAUGUAUCUGCUUGACAAAUUCAAAGAUAUAGACUAUCCAUAAUAGUGUUCCUUUGUAAUAGUGUUCCAGCUGUGUUUGUGAGGCAAGUUUGUGAGAGCACCAGUACAGGUAAGAUGGAGAGUGUUUUCAACGUUCCACCAUUAUAAGCUCUGAACAUUCUGUUGCUUAUAAAAUCACAACUAUUUGCCCUAGCUGGCUAUCAGCACACAUUCACUAGGUCACAAGAGACACCUCCCCUGCAAAUUUGCUGAAGAUCCAUGGGCAAUUUCUUAGAGCUGUGUAAAGGUUUUUCUCUUUUGAACAGUGUUAUUAUGGGUUGAUGAAUCUUUCCCGGACUGCUAUUUAAAUGAUUUUUCUAGUCUGUUUGCAUAGUUUCAGCCUUCUAACCGCAUGCAAGAAAAGUGCCUUUUGUAUAUUCCUCUGGGACCCAAUUAAUGGUUAUUUCAUAAUUGACCCUCAAAGUUGCAUUUUAAGAGGCAGAAAAAUGCAUCUUGCCUGCGUAAAGGUUCAGUGCAGUAGGACCUUUGAAGCUGUGGUGCCCACAGCAUUGCCCUGAACGAGUAUGGUGGUCUUGUAGCGCACAAUUUUGUCAAGGAUACAGCUGGCUUUCUCACCUAUUGCUGCCCACUGCUGUCACUCCUUCCCAGUGCAGAGUACCUCCCCCAGACUGGUGCAUACCCCUCACCCUGGCCCAAGCAAGCUGGCAUUCCCUGCCGGCAGCCCCAGCCCCAUGCACAUUCAGAUUCAGAUGGCCACAUCUGGCUUACCUGGGGCUGCUGCCACAGCUCCUCUUCCCAUAGCUUCUGCAGAUCAAAUUGUUGCUGAAUGCCUCCCCUGGUCUGGCACAUGCUUUGCCAGCAUUCCCUGCCAGCUUCCCUGUCCUCUGAGCAUGUGCGGAGGCCGUCUGAGCUCUGGGGUGGUGCAGCUGGCAGGGACCAGCUGCUGGCCAGGUGCUGGGGUGAAGCAUAUGUUGGACCAGGGUGUGUGUGUGUGUGUGUGUGACUGUGACUGGCUGGCUGCAGUGUGUGUCUGUGUGCGUGUGUGUGUGCAUGCGCAUGUGUGUGAUGGAAGGUAAAAUAUACAAAGUUUAGAAACCUACAAAGUAGGACUGCCAGGUUUUUUUACUGUUGAGGGGAUCAUGCCUGUCUUCAAGUGGUGAAAAAGUCACCUGCUAAUUUCUGGAGAACAAAUCGCUGUUAAAGACAAGAACAGGCUACACUAGUAGAGGAGAGCUAGUCUUGUGUUAGCAAGCCUGAAUUGUCCCCUUGCUAAGCAUGAUCCACCCUGCUAUGCAUUUGAAUGGGAGACUAUAUGUGAGCACUGUAAGAUAACUUUUAAAAAUGCCUGGAAAUUCAGUAAUCCAAAAACCUUCGGUUUAAGAUGAGAGUUAAAAUGCUUUACAUUUUCACUUGUGCUAUAAAAAGAAAGGAAAUUGCAAGUUAUGGUGCCCACCUUAACUUCCACAUCAUAUGAGCUGUAAAGACUUUGUACAAUAUGGCAUAUGAUGAUCAGGAGACUUUGAACUGCUCAAAGACUGUACAAGGUCCACGAGCUGCAUACUUCAUGGCAUACAUCUGAUUGGUGGCAAGUGGCUCACUGCCCUUCCAGGUGUUUUGCCUAAGAAACUCUUUAAAAAGUUGUGUUUUGCCUUUGUUAGGGGGUCUGUCUGCUACUUUUCCAACUACUGGCUGGACCAUUCUCCAUCAGGAUAUGUAUGUGCUUUGCUUUAGACUUUAGAAUGUGUAAAGAGUUAUAAAUGUUUUUCUCAAUGCCUGUCUUCUCCCCCACCUACCUUGGUUCCUGAAGAUUAAUAAAGUAAUAAUUUAGAGAGAA